GAUUAGUUAUGACACAUAUGGUUCAUGUUAGCUAAGCCGUGGGCUUACUGAUGCUAAUGUCUUAAUUGUAGCCAUAUUCGGUGUGCUUCGCUCUCAAAAAGGGUUUACUAUUUUGUAUGUUAUAUUCUAUAAAUAAAGCAAUAAAAAAGAAUGAUACUAUUGUGCAGAGCAGUUCACGCUAGCAAAACAAAGGUAACAGUCGGUCUGACGCGGGCACUUUUAUUAGCAUAUUUAUUGCUCUUAACUGUUUACGUUAGUCGGGCAAAGGGUCUCGUUUCUAAAAGAUUUCGCUUUGAUGAGCAGUGGCAGUGUCCCACACUUUAUCCGACUUUAUUCUGCGAAGAUAUAAAAGAUCUAAAAAUUGUUUCCUGGAUAGCUCAAGGUACGGUGAAAAAUGUCUAUCUCGCACGGUGGCAUGAUUACCCUGUAGUAUUGUCCAACCUGACGGUUGAAGCAUACCGAGAAGAUUUUCAACAUAAUGUGGCCAUGCACCACCUCCUCGAUUAUGGACAAUAUACUGUUCGAAUGUUGGGCCAUUGCGGGGACCAGAUCGUGACCGAGUUUCACCCCCUAGGCAAUCUUAUGCAGGCCAUACCGCUACUAGGUGACGUUCUCGAAGUCCGAUUCCCACUUUGUAUACGCUACACAGAGAUCUUGGUGUUCCUCCAUCAACAUGGUCGGGUUAUGUGUGAUUCGAGUACGUUGGAGAAAACUCUGGAACAGUACCUUGUUGCAACGAGUGGCAGCAGCAUAAUUUUGAACGAUUUAGAUGCUUUACCCAGGAAAGAAUUAGGGGUUGUUCGCUGUGGGAAGCAUAUGCUCGAUGGCGCGUUUGUCGCGCCCGAACAGCGGUGGGAAGUUGGCUACCGAAAGGGCUACAACGAGAAGGCGGAUGUCUACAAAAUCCCUGACGUGUGCAAUUUCAUCCUCGGUGAAAGCGAAGAGUCGCUUUGGUUCCGUUAUUGGUUGUUUGAUAUUCACAAGCAGUGUAAAGUCCAGGAUGCUAGCAUACGACCAAGCGCUAAAGACGUCUUAAAGAUGUAUCGCAGAAUCUGGAGGGAGUACCAAACGGAUACAGGAGUAGAUUAUGAUGACCUUUAGAUGAAAUGGAUUCAUGUUAAUAAAAUUUCAUAUAUUAUACUGUA